GCUCUCCAUAGGACUGUCGUCGAGGUAGACCAUCCUCCUCUGGAAACACCAUCAACUCCAUCACCUUAAACCCUCGGCGACACUCUCCCCCAUCAUGGCGUUGACUUGGGCCAAUAUCCGCUCCUUAGCCAUCUUCUUCGGACCUAUCCUUCUCCCCAAAGCCAUAGGCUAUUACAAGUCGCUCCGCGCCGCCCGCGCCCGUGCCAACCUCCCCAUCGUGGCCGUUCCCGCACAUAUCCAAGGCGUCCUCGCCCUCCUCGCCUCAACCGCCCUCUUCCUUCUCGUCCGGUCCACUCCGUUCUUCGCCCCCGAGAACGUCUUUCAAGCGACACAAUCCCGCCUCCAAAUCAAUACCGACGUGCUCUUCAACCGCCUCCGCUCCCUCCGCCCCGACAACGUCUUGACCCCCGACGACGAAGCCCUCCGGUCCAAGUUCGUCAACCUCGAAUCCCGCCUCCUCUACUUCCAGUACGGCCCGGACGUUCUCGCCGCCUGCCCCUUCUGCUCCUCCGACGACCCAGGUUCCUACUUCUACUACGCCCUCCCGGCCCUGCUGGCCCCGCACGUGCUCAACCUCCUGGUCCUCGCCGCCGCCACCUCCCGCCUCUUCUCGGGCCACCACGGCCCCCGCUGGCGCCCGCGCGUCACCCUCGCCGUCGUGGGCCUGGCCCUGCUCGACGUCUACCUCCUGAGCGCCUACGACGCGCGCGCCAACGCCGCCGCCCUCCGCCUCUCCGAGCUCGAUUUCUACUUCUGGUCCGCCCGCGCCCUGCGCCUCGUCGCCCUCGCCGCCCUGGACGCCGGCCUCGCCUUCGUCCUCUACCUCUCGUCCACGAACCGCGCCUUCUCCACCCUCGCCGCCUCCCCCGCCGCCCGCGUCGAUGGCUUGGCCCGCGGCAUCACCUUGGUGCGCCGCCGCGUCUCCGCGCUGUAUUUCGUCCGCAGCGCCACCGCGUGGGACGAAAACUUGAGGUCCCGCUCCGACGCCUGGUGGGCCCGCGACGCGCGCUUCAUGGGCGAGGUUAUGCAGGAGCCUGAGGUGGCUGAGUCCGUGAAUGAUGCUAUCGGGAGCGGCCGCGUCGAUCUCGAGAAGAUCAACAGCGAGGCUGAGGGAUAUGUCCGUGCUGCGCUGCAGCCUCCGCCGAAGGAAGGCGAAGCGCCCGUGACAAUGGUGGGAUAAGAUUGGCUUGGGGCGUGUUUUUUUUUUUUCUUUUUCUUUUUUUCUUCUUCUUUUUUUCUUUUUUACAAGUACAUUACUGAUAGACGUCUCUUGGAGGGUCUUACAGGAAGCCCAUCUUCGACCCGUCCCCGAGCAUCUGGAGAGUUGCGUUUGCUUUAGAC